CCAAGCUCCACCUCCCAACCAAAAUCCAAUCACACACAACACUUCACCGCCAUCAUUUUCUCUCUCUAAAAAAUAACUUUCUAUCUCUAGAAAUCUCCAAAACCCCAGGGCUAGGGUUUCAAUCACAUUCCAUCUCUUUCUCUCUGGAUCCAGAACCUAUGGCGGAGGAGCCAGCAUCACCGUCGCUAGCAUCGGCGCCGCCGCUAGGAUCAUCGGUGAUACCGAUAGUUAACAAGUUACAAGAUAUAUUUGCUCAUUUAGGUAGUCAAUCGACGAUUGAGUUACCGCAAGUGGCAGUUGUAGGCAGUCAAAGCAGUGGUAACUUGUAACAUAAAUCGAGUGUUUUAGAAGCACUUGUUGGGAGAGAUUUCUUGCCACGUGGAAACGAGAUUUGUACUCGGCGACCGCUAGUUUUGCGGUUAUUGCAGACUAAAAGGAAAGGUGACGGUAGUGGUGAAGAUGAGUGGGGAGAGUUUCUGCAUUUGCCUGGGAAACGGUUUUAUGAUUUUUCCGAGAUCCGGAACGAAAUUCAGGCUGAGACUGCUAAGGAAGCAGGAGGCAACAAAGGUGUCUCUGACAAGCAAAUUCGUUUGAAGAUUUUUUCACCAAAUGUUCUUGAUAUUACACUUGUCGAUCUACCUGGUAUAACAAAGGUUCCUGUGGGUGAUCAACCCUCCGAUAUUGAAGCACGAAUUAGAACUAUGAUCAUGUCAUAUAUUAAAAAACCAAGCUGUCUGAUUCUAGCUGUUACAGCAGCAAAUUCAGAUUUAGCAAACUCAGAUGCUCUUCAGAUUGCAGGAAAUGCAGAUCCUGAUGGUAAUUAUAGAACCAUUGGAAUAAUCACGAAGUUGGACAUUAUGGACAGAGGCACUGAUGCUCGUAAUCUUUUGCUUGGAAAAGUGAUUCCCCUUAGACUUGGUUAUGUUGGUGUUGUGAAUCGUAGUCAAGAGGAUAUCAUACUCAAUCGGAGCAUCAACGAUGCACUUGCUGCGGAGGAGUUGUUCUUCCGUAGUCGUCCAGUAUAUAAUGGUCUAGCUGAUCGCUGUGGCGUUCCUCAGCUGGCGAAGAAGCUGAAUCAGGUAGAAUUUUUGCAGCAUUAUUUACUUUCAGAAUACCUUAAGGUACAUCAUUUCAAAGUAGAUUGCCACUGCUAAUAGAAUUUCAUUCCACUGUUGUAAUUGUCAUCAAAUUCAUAACAUAUCAAGAAUCAUACAAUCCACUUGAAUUUAUCAGUUCUUGCAUUCUUCCUAGCUAAUACAAACUUUGUCUUCACCCUU